UCCCCACUUUUUCCUGUUGGUGGCCCACUUGGGUUUGGGAUCUGCCUCGUUUUUAUAGUAUAGCACUAUAAUGUUCUGAAAAAACUGAUGGACGGGGUGGAUUUUCACAAAAAUCACGGUGGGAUCCACCUAGCUUCGGGUGUAGCAGGCAAUCUGCGUCCAGCUCUAAACUCCCAAUUCCCGCCAAAAUCCAUUCCCUCCCUUCUCCUCCUCUUUCCCGCCACAAACAAAAACAAAAGCAGAAAAAAAGAAGAAAAGAAAAUCAAAACCCUCUCUCUCUCUCUCUCUCUCUCUCUCUCUUCCAAACAUCCCCAAAAUCCAAUCUAGCAAAAGAAAAAUCAGAUGGAAGCAGAAUCUCUCCGUUCAAACAAGCGAAAGCGUCCUUCUUCUUCUUCUUCUUCGCAGCAAAUGCAAGGCACCUUCACUCGCAGAAGGUCUGAGCUAUUCCUCCACCGCAACCGCUCGGGGCGUGCCCGGCCCGACCCCAGCCUCAGGCGCAAGCUCAUCAUCCAACGGCUGGGAUCAUCCAAUGAGGACCCAGUCAAUUGGUUGCAUCCCGACGAAAUUCCUGACAUCACCUCCCACAUCUCCAUCAAAGAUCUUCGAGCCAGACGGGUUUUUUCUCCAACUACGAUCGUUGGCGAUUGCUCCCCGCACAAAAAGGGCAAGAUCCUAGCUGAUCCAGAUGACGAUAUGAGGCCCAUGUCGUCUGAUGUAUCAAGAAUCAUUGAAUUUGGUGCGGGCGGUGGGGUUUCUGGACGGGUCGAUGCUUUGGAUGAAGAACGGCUUCAGACAACGCCUCCUGACAGUGACAUCUUCUGUAAAUCUCAGCACCAUAUCUUGGUGGAGCCUGAUUUGAUUGGCCCAGAUCACGUUGCAGAGAACCAGCCGGUUUUGAGGGUUUUUAGUGAAAAUCCAAGUAUCGGUGAAGGAUUCUGUCAUGGGAAGAUAGAUGAAAAUAUUCAAAUCGAUAUCAGAUUGGGAAGCUCCUCGGACCAAAACGACAAGAUCCGAGCUGACCAAGAUGAUGAUAUGAACUCAAUGUUGUCUGAUGUAUCAAGAGACGUUGAAUUCGAUGGGGGCAGUGGGGUUUCCAGUGGGAUUGAUGGUUUGGGUGAAGAAUGGCUUCAGACAACACCCCCAGAUAGUGAUAUUUUUCGUAAAUCUCAGCCACGGGAUUAUGGGGGGAUUGUGGUGGAGCCUGAUUUGAUUGACCCAGAUAAUGUUGUGGAGAACCUGCCGGGUGUGAGGGUUUCUGGUGAAAAUCCAAGCGUGGCUGAAGUAUUUUGCCAUGCCAAGAUGGGUGAAAAUAUACCAGUCAAGAACAGAUCAGGAGGGCUCGGUCGGCACUCCCGGCUAAAGCUUUUCCGAAACACAAAUUCAUUCAGCUACAGAAGAAUGCUUCCAUUUCUCAUGGAUCUUGCAAAGGACAAUGCCAGUGCUUUAGAAAUACAUUCUUGUGGCAGUCCUUGGCCUGUGAAUGUCGAGAAGACUGUGGAGGAAAGACCUCUUCCACCACCGUUGAAUUCUCUGUCGAACGAGACUGAUUCAGACAGGUGUAAAAGCAAUCCUUCGUCCAUGCAGUGUUGUUAUGGUGGUUUGGGAACUUCCCCUACUGAAAAGUCAAAGGAAAAGAGCCCCACUGCCGGUUCACCUGUUCCUUGUGUUAUUGAAUGCCUGAAUCUAGAUUCUUCACCACAACCUAUUACUGAAAUUCCCAUCCAAAACCAUCAUGACAAUCCCGCUGCUUCAUAUGACACGGCGGCAUCUAUUCGAACUGACCAGUACAGUGAAAUGGCACCGCAGCAUGAUCAGGUUGUGUCAGAAUCUUGCAAGUUGGAGCCCAGUUGCGAUUCUGUUGGUUCCAUUCAUGAAAUGGAGAUUCCAGACAUUUCUUUGUCCAAUCCUCCAAUCAGCCAUGACAUGGACACUGGAUUGUCUGGCAGAGAAAGGAACGUUGAACUGGAUGGCAAUAGCAGGAUUUUGGAUGGGGUCGAUGGUUCUAGUGAAGAAUGUAUUCAGGCAACACCAUCCGGUGGCAAUAUCUUAUGUAAAUCUUCAGGGCUGGUUGAUGGAGGAAAUGUGGGCAUGCUUGACUUGAUUGGCCAAGAUCCUAUCUCCAAGAACCUGUCAUGCGCAAGGUUUUCUAAUGAUAACCCAAGCAAUGUGGAAAGGUUUCGUCGUUCCAAGGACGCAAAUGCCUUGGUCAAGAACAAGCUGCAGGGGCUAAUUCCAUGCUCCCAGUUAAAGCUCUUCCAAACUCCAAAUUCAUUGAGCUAUAGAAGAUUGCUGCCGUUUCUUAUGGAUCUUGCGAAAGACAAUGCUAGUGCGCUGGAAAUUCAUUCUUCCCAGAAAUUUUAUCCUGUGGAAGUUGAAAAGGCCGUGGAGGAAAGGCCUCCACCAUUGUUGUUGGACUCUCUAUCUCACGACUCUGACCUCAGCAGUCGUAAGACUGACCCAUUGCCCGUGCAACAAUGUUUUGAUGGUUCAGGAGCUUCCCAAACUGAAAAAACUGUGAGUCUUGCUGCAGGCUCAUCUGGUUCCUGUGUGUCUGAGUGCCUGCAUCUAUAUUCUUCAGAACAACUCACUACUGAAACUGCAAUCCAAAAUCCUCCUGAAAAACCAGCGAGUCUUGCUGCAGGCUCAUCUGGUUCCUUUGAGUCUGAGUGCCUGCAUGUAUAUUCUUCAGAACAGCCCACUACUGAAACUCCAAUCCAAAAUCCUCAUGAAAAACCAUCGAGUCUUGCUUCAGGCUCAUCUGGUUCCUCUAUGUCUGAGUGUCUGCAUCUAUAUUCUUCAGAACAACCCACUGCCAAAACUCCAAUCCAAAAUCCUCCUGAAAAUCCAGCUCUUUCACAUGAUCUGGUGAUAUCAAUGCUGCCUGAUUCCUCUAUUGAAACUGCAUCGGAAAAUGAUUGGGUCAUGUUGAGGAGUUCGUUUGAGUUCGAGCCCGGACAUGAUGCUCUAAUUUCCGUUCACAGAACGGAGCCUCCAUGCAACGAAUUGUCUAGUUCCCCCAUCGAGCAGGAAGCUUUGUUAAUAGAAGAGUGUGAUUCUCAUAUUCAAGACCCUUCUGGUUUGUGUAGAGAAUCUGAGAAGGACAAUCAAGCGAUAAUACCGACAUUGACUAUAGAUGUGAAACCUCUUGAAAUAUUGGGCGUACUACCCCAACAUCCAUCUCAGGCCAAUGUGUCUGUUCCUUCAGAAAGGCCUGUUCUGGCUCCCAUGAAAGGCAUUCUGAAGAAGUGCCCGCGAGCAUGCAGGGGGUUGUGUACGUGCCAGAAUUGCACUUCCUUCCGUCUCCAUGCUGAAAAAGCUAACGAGUUCUCGAGGAAGCAAAUGCAGGAUGCGAAAGAAGUUGCUGUGAAUCUAAUGAAGGAACUGUCGUGUCUGAGAAGUCUGAUGGAGAAAUCGUUUUUGCCUAUGACAGAUAGUGCCAAUGGUCACAUUGUAGGCCAAAUCAAUCAGGUAAAAGGAUUUUGCAAAAGAGCCUCCAGAGCAGAAGAAAUUGCAAGAAGUCGUCUUCGGCAAAUGACCCGUGACCUCAAAGUUCACUGCAGAAUCACGAGCUUGCAACAGCGAAGGGUGAGCUUUGCAGAUCAUGUUGAAGAAAGGCUUAUUCCCAAGUCCGAGGUAGAAGACGAUGAGUAACAAAGAGGCAAUGCAGAUCACAAAAUGCAAAUGGUUGGUUUGUGGGAUUAGUGCAUUUAAAUGUAGCUGCAAUAUGAGUUCCAUGGACCCCACAUUAUUCCAGUUCUUGUGUAUUAUCGAAGGAAACUUGAAAUUACUUCUUCUUGAGAUAUAUAGCCUGCGCUUCUCUUGUGAUGAUCAAUAGAGAAUAACAACUCUGGCCUGU